AUGGACGUGGCCGCCACUUCCACGGGGGCUGCGGUCGCCCGGGCAGCUAUCGAGGGCUUGCCGGGGCGCGGCAAGGGCGACUGGCGCGUGCAUGAGGUCAGGGUCAACAAAAGGGUAGUCGGUGAGUUGGGCCAGCUCUGUGAGCCACUGCCUCUGUGCUUUCAGGCGUGGAGGCAGAUAUCUACGGCGGUUCGUGAGCGCUCGAGCUCGACGAGGGGCGGGUACGUUGGCGAAGGGCUGGUCGACCUGCGGGAGGUGGAGGGCAGCGGAAACAUAGGGUAUGCAGUCGUCGAGCCACGCCGCUGCGCUGGGCUCCAGUCGGGCCCAGAGAGCGUAGAGGGCCCCCUCGGGGUCAUUGCCGUCGUCGGGAUCGUUGCCGUGUUGGACGCUUCGGGUAGGGUGCUGCAAGGCGCGGUCGGCGUCGCUGCAGCGGGCCAGUGGGCGGGGCACGCCAGCGAGCGGGAUUGCGGUACCGCUGGGGCCACGUGCCUGGAGGGCGAGCAGGAACUGCUGCAGGUCGCUAGGCGUGGCGCUGGUGGCCGAUUGCUGCUCGGCGACAACGGUUGUGAGUCCGCCUUCGAGUCGGACAACAGUGUCCGCAUGUGUGGACUGGGGCGCCAUCAGCUGGGCUGCGUUGCCCUGGAGGCCGUGGACCUGCUGGGCCAACUGGUCGUGAGCAUGCCCCAUGUGUUGAAGGCGUUCGGCGGCGGUGUCGGGGGUGCGGUUGCGCGAUCCAAACUCAUGGAAGUCCUCCAGGGGGCCCUUGGAGAAUGUGCCACGUCCGAGACGUGCAUAGUGCGGGCCUUGGGGGGCGGCGGCGUGUCGGCACCGGUUACUGGCGUCCCCGGGGCGAGGAAGGGUGGUACCUCGGCUGGCCACGUGGGUUUGAUGGGUUUGCCCCCCUCGGCCCGCCCCGCCGCGGGGCCCUCUGCGUCGACCUCCGCGGUGGCUGGCGCGGCCGCGGGGCCCGCUGGUUCGAAUUUCACGGGGUCGGCGGAGCUCGCGCCAGCUGGGGCGGCAAAGAUCAUCUGCCAGGCCGGCUGCAUGGCGCCUCGCUGUCCGGUGCCCAAGGAGGGCCAUCCUGGCUCUCGCUCGCAGCGCGGCGGGCCGGAGCAGGGCUCCCCCAGCGCCGGCCGCUACUCGCAGCUGGCAGACAGCAGCGGCGCGGCCGCGCCAGCCCACGCCGCCGCGGCCUCGAGCGCCGCCUCUGGCAGCGCGGCGGCUCGGGGUGCAGCGCCGUCGGCGCCCCCCUCUGCCGCGCCUGCCGCAGGUGCGCGCGGGCACGGCGGCGGCAGCGCCGGCUGGGGCGGGCCCCUCGCCGUGUUCUUGGCCGCCAGCUUCCUGCAGACCGCGGGCCUCUACCUCGGCACCGCUUGCUACGUGCGGUGGAUGGACGUGCUCUCCGCGCAGCAGGGCCUCUUCCCGCAGGCGGGCGCCGGUGGCCCCGCCGCUGGCGGGCCCCCACCGGCGACCCGGGAAGAGCCGUGGCCCGCGCUGGACGACCCGGUUGUCAGGAGGUUCAGGGGCCUCGUGCCCUCCGGAGCCGAUUCGGGCCCCCUGGGCGCGGAGUUCUGGGUCGGCGUGCUCACCGGCGCUGUCCCGGUCGUCUGGCUCGGCUGGGUGGUGCAGUCGCAGAACCUCCAGCUCUGGGCGAAGGUGCUGAUCUCGGGCGCGGUUCUUGCCGCCAUCAACGGCUUUUCCGCGUGGGCGACCAUGGUGCCCGACCCCUCCGGCUGGGAGGCCUGCAAGGAGCGCCUGGGGCCUGGCGGGCUCAUGAACUACCGGGUCUUUUCCGCAGGCUCGAACCAGGGGGGCGAGCAGGCGGACCUCUCGCAGGUCGCGACCGACCUGCUGAUGCUCGAGGUGCGCGGGCUGUGGCUGAUGGGGCGCCAGAGCCGCCACUAUACGUGCGUGGGCACCAUGUUCAGCGCCACGUCGUGCUACUGCGUACUUUUCGCGCUCGGCCUCUACGACGUCGUGCGGUCUCUCCUCGUUCGAGGAGGCGAGGCGCGCCGCCGUGCUGAGCGUCACCGGCCUCUCUCUGGUGCUGGUCGUGGGCAUCGACGCGUUCUUCUCCAUCGUGAACGGAUACUGUUACACGGUGGAGAUCGUUGUGGCGGUCGUGAUGACCACAUUGGUCUACGGCAGCCCCGUGGUGGCCGCGGCGGCUUCGAGCUGGACCAGCGACCGAGAGCCGGGGCCUCGGGCACCGAGGCGGUCCUGCCGGGGCACCGUCCGCAGCAGCCGCAGCUGCCCAUGCCCAUCGGACGCACGGAGGUCUCCACGGACACCAUGGCCUCCAUGGACGUGGCCGGCAACGUCGUGGGCCCCCUGGUGGACGUGGCCGAGGUCACCGUCGCGCCGUGCUGCGUGCCCUUUUGCUCCCUCGGAGGGCUGUACUACCUGCGCGAGGCCCCUGGUGCCGCGACGGGCCGGCCCUGGACCGCAGAGGCGGCCCAGGUGCACCUGCAGCAGCAGUCGGACUACUCGCGCCAGCGGGAGAGGCUCAUGGAACAGCUGAAGCAGCUAACGGCGGAGCUCGAGCAUGAGCAGCUGCGGGCUCGGGAGCGCGAGACGCAGAGGGCCGAGGCCGAGAGGCGCCACUUGGAGCAGCUGGCCCAGCGAUUGGCCGAGGAGGAGAAGAGCGCUCUCGAGGAGGCCGCUGGCCUCCUCGACGCGGCCCGCCUUCGGCGCGCGGAGGCGGCGCGGCGCGCCGCGGGCGCCGCGGGGCGCCUGGGUAGCCUGGAGGCCGAGCUGGCCGAGUCCCGGCAAGCGAUCCUGCGGUGCCACGACGAGGUCACCAGGAGGACCGCCGAGGCCCUCGAGAGCGUCGCCAGCCUCUCCGCCGAGGCGGGCGAGGCCGAGCGGGAGCUGGCCCUGCUGGCGGAGGCGGCCGGCCCCGCGGAGGCCGAGAAGGAGAAACCGCCGCCAGACGGCCCGGACGAGGCCCCCGCGCUGCCAGAGCCCGAGAAGCCGGAGCCGACGCCCGACCCCGAGUGA